AGGCACGCUGGUGCGCUUAAUUUGUGUGUUAAGGUAUAAUAUGGCUACUUUGGUUUUCUUUCUGUGAAAUAAAAAUAUUAGAUUGCAUCUUUUGUUGAUGCGAGAUUCUUUUUUCAUUAAAUAAAAGUGUUUCCUUCUGUUUAAUGCACUGGCUUUACUGAUCAGUGCUCUAGUACUAACUUCUCAUCCAGAUUACCAUUUUGCACUGUGUGUAAAGCUGAUUUUGAAAACUGUUUAGGAACUGAUAGCAAGUGUCUGGGACUGAACAUUCACUUCAUUGUCAGCAUGCUUUCGAUUUAAGAAGCUGAUUUUAACUCCUGAAUCUCUUCAUAUUUUGGAACUCCAUAAAGAAUACAUAGAUAUUUAGACCAUCCUUCCCCAGCCUGAGGCUUGAUAAGAAAUGAAUGGAGCACACCUACUCGCUGUGGCAUUGGUGGGAUAGUGGUUAUGCCAUCGUAAUCUCUGUUCUGCCUUCUUUUUUAUAUGUGUUUAUAAAGGGAUGGGGGUUUUGGGUUACCACAUUAAGAGUAUUAUCCUCCCUUCUGAAACCUUCACCAAUGCUACUACCUGGUCGAUAAUGGUUCCUAGAUCUGGAAUGAGCAUGGUUACUUUGUUAGCUUUUGAAGCUUUUAUACAAUCCCCCAAAACUAGGAGUAAGAGUCAGUAAUUAUAUUGCUGUUUCCAUUUAUCUCCAAUAAUAUUUUGGGUUGGGGUUUUUGGCCAUGUUAGAUUAUAGUUAGAUUAGUCUCAAAUUUUAAAUUACAAUUUCAGAAUACUGUAUUACAAGUUGCCCAGAAAAAUUAUUUUGAAGGGCAGCUUAUAAAAUGAUUUUAAUAUCCUCACAAUUCAUCUUCUGCAGUUAAAAUUACAAACAAUUGCUUUAUGUUAUCAUGAACUUUGAAGUUCAUGAAGUUCUGCAUGAACUUUACUCCUUUGGGGUAUUUUGUUUUGUAGUUUAUUUUCUUUUUUUCCAAUUGAGCUACUCCUUUAUGGGGAGAUCAGUUUUUCACUUAACAUUUUCUUAUUAAAAAAUAGGAUCUGAAAAUUACAGUGGGGAUGUUCAGCAAUGCAUGACAUCAUGGGUUUAUUGAUUGAUUGAUUGAUUGAUUGAUUGAAUUUAUAGGCCACCCAAUCCCGAAGGACUCCGGGUUUGGAACUGAACAUUUGAGCAUUUGGGGGAUUAAGGGCAAACUACAGAUGUUAAGUCUUAUGGAGACAUAUAAAUACCACACCUGUUUUCUAUCAGGGAAAAAAAGAAAAUUUGGGAACUAUGUAUGAAGUUUGGAAAAUUGUGUGCCUUAUAUUGAUUGCCUGUCUUUUUCUAGGUUUUAAUUUGAUAGCAUUCUUUUUUUGAAAAAAAUAUUUGCUCUGAUUAUUUCAUUUCAUCACCACUGUCCUAUUUGAUGUUUACUAAACUACAAGAGAGACAUAAGAUUGAACUUUGUCCAGUGUUAAAUGUUAUUCUUUAAAAAUUUGCUUAAUCUUUUCUCACCUUUAUAAUUGUUUGUAUAGCUUGCCUCUUUCAUUGGGCAAUAUAAUGUUGAAAUAAUUUGUGAUGCUUUGUAUUAUUAACCCCUCUUCCUCUCUUUUUAAGGUUUCACAUUUUCAUCCUCCUUCAGAUUCUUGCUGUGACUGGAUUGGGCCUCCUGAUCAAUAUUCAAAUCUUCGACCAGUAAUAUUUUAUAUUCCUAAACAUGAAACACCAUUGCAACGAAGACUGAGAGAACUUAGACAGGAAACCCAGGCUUGGAAUCAAGAAUUCUGGACAAAUCAAAAUCUAUCAUUUAGAAAGGAAAAAGAUGAAUUUGUUUGUUCUAGACUGAAAGCCAAGGGUAUACAGUCAAGAGAUGAAAAAGGUCAGAAAGCAUCACUGACUGCAGAAGAAAUGGCUGAAUUUUACAAAGAUUUCCUAAGUAAAAACUUGAAAAAAAAUGUAUACUAUAAUAGGGAAUGGUACAAACGGAAUUUUACCAUCACAUUCCUCAUGGGACAAGUAGCAUUUGAAAAAGCGUGGAAGAAAUUUGGACUUAAAUGAAGUACAAACUAACAGUUUUUUCAACCAAAGAUGAGACGAAGAAUUGAGUUUCUGUCAUAAAUUAUAUCAAACUAUUCUGGUAUAUUUGUAUAUAGGUAUUUUUAUUUAUUUAUGUAUUUAUUUAUUUUGUUCAUUUAUAUACCAGAUGCUUCCAGCUGAAUACAAUAAAAGGAAAAGGAUUCCCAAUCCCACAACUUAGGUUCAUGCCCAGUGCCUUGUCAAAACAUUAAACGGUAGAGGGGAAAUGGCAUUAAACAGAUACAUUGAACUUCAGUCACAUAACUUAAAUUUUCCUUUAUUGAGCCUGGUUGAAUUGUUUUCCUUCCACUGGAGUUGCUCUUAGUUUGUCUAAAUAUAAAAAAUAUUAACAUUGCAUAGAAGAACACUGCAUAUAUCAGGAAUUUGAUACUCAUAGAAUAAGAUUAAUACUUAGUCAUGGUGAGAUUAGUAAUUUGUUACUACUGUUUCAACUAUAAAUAAUGUAAAUAAUUUAAUAUUUUUCUAUGGAACUUUAAUUAUCACUCAUGAAUAUGCCAGCAUUAUAUUGUAAUGCAUGAAUACGAUACUGUAAUUGUGUCAUUUACAUCAUGAUUAACUGUGUUAAGUUUAUAAUUUAGGAAUGGUUUUCCUAGUAAAGACUUUUGUUGCUGGGCAUGAAUUUCUUUGUCCUGCAUUGCUUUAUUUUAAAAUUUGUGACCAAAUGUGUAGAACAUCUUGCUAAAUGGCUGAAAAUAGUAUGUUAACAACACAUGUUAUGAUGUGGCAUGGGGAACAUCUGAGAAGUAGAAAUGCCAAACCUACCCCAAAAGACACACCUAAUGCCCCCUUGGAACCUGCUUUAUUGAGCUGGUCCUGAGACAAAAGGAAUUAUCUGGCUGCAUACGAAAUACUUGUACUUAAGAUGUAUUGGACCUACAGCAUGGAUCCCAGGAAAAUAUAAAGAGGACUGGAUUGACAAUCCAGAUGAUCUCUGCUUCACCAACAGUGUCCAAUCCUUUCAUCUUUUUUACACAUCAUCAAUUGCUAAAUGACUGAAAUAUUUUAAGAUGAGUUUGGAAUUAAUGUUGCAUUUAAUUAAAUACAAAAAAACAUGUCUCCAUUUUGAUGUAUUCUUUUUUCAAAAUCUGAUACUCAAUGAGUACGAUAUUAUUCAUUCUAGAAGAAGUCAUUGUGUCUGUCAAUCUAUUGUCACAUAAAUAUUACCUUUAUUUAUUGAUUUGUACAUCCAAUGCCUCUUUAAUAUAUAUAUAUAUAUAUAUAUGAUAGAUUGCAUUAGUUUAAUGGAAAGGCAGCGACUAUUCCACAACUCAAAAUAUAUACAGUGUGGCAUGUCAUAUAAUGAUUUGCUCAUGGUAUUAAAGCAACUGACUUAUUUAUUCUGAAAACAGGCUCAUUGAGAUCGACUUCUGGCUGAAUAGAAAGGUUCCUGGUCGAUUUUGCAUAGAGCAGUACUUCUGAGAGAUUCAGAUUGUGCAUUCCUUCCACACAAGAUUGCUUUUAUUCACAGGUACAUUUCCUCCAGUAAAGGAAACAAAUAAGCAGGUGAAAGCAACUUCUAUUAUCCAUUCCAUCUCCUGCAGCCAUUAGUAUUAUAAUAAUAGGUCUGGCUGAUUUUAUCUCUCUCUAGGGCAGUGAUGAUGAACAUUUUAGGCACAGAGAGAGCUCUACGUGCCACCUCUGGCAUGUGUGCCAUAGGUUCACCAUCACAGGAAUAGGGGGUUGGUAUACACAGAAUGUACUGUAUAUGCACAGACCCACACCAAAGGCAAUUAUAUUGGCCACAAGAAAAAUAAAGCCAGUACUGAGCAUGGAAAUCUUUUUGCUAAGAGUUACAGGACUGCAUGUAAACUUAAGUUUCAAAAAUUCUUCACUGGCAAGUUUUUUUUGUAAAUGCUUCAUUUGCUUUUUACCCCAUUAUCCCCCUCCCCCCUUUUUUUAAACAAAUAAAUUGCCUAGGUGAAGAAUUAUUCAACUCCUGAAUCUUGCAUUCUUUUGUAACCCUGAAGUAAAGAUAAUUCUGAUCCAAGCAGCUUCUGCAUUAUAAUUACUGAUAUUGUAUCACAUAUUCAGAGUACUGUAUGGAUUGUUCAGAAAUGAUUUGCUCUGUAAUGUUCAAACCAAAUAAAGGAAGUAUCACUGACAUUGGCUUUAUAGAGAAAUAACAAAAAUGUUUGAUUUCCAGUUGAAGUUAUUAUUUUUUUAAAUGUCCGGUAUUUUUCAAUAAGAUUGUGAGUUCUAGGAUGAAACAUCUUGUUUGUAAAUUCUACAUGGUGUUUAAUCUGAUGGGAAAUGAUUAUUGCAUUCCAAGCAUGUCUUUUAUUUCCUGCCAUUCAUUGGAUCUCUUCAUUGAAGUAUUCAUCUCACUGGAAUAAAAGAGGAUGAAAGAGAAGGAAGAAGCUGAUUAAGGCUAAACUAAAAGCUCUUAUGAAUGUCUCUGUGUGAUUGCAACUGCUAUUACAGAAUGUGUGUUUAUAAACCAGAGUAUUUUUAAUUAUGUAAAAGAAGAGCACUUUCAUGGUAUAUUAUUGUCAGCAUCUUAAGUGUUUCAAUUUUUAUAUUACCAGCAUCCUCACUCCUAAUUUCUAACCCACUGGUUGUCUAAUUU